AACUUCGGGACAGCCAAAACGAUGCGUUUUCGUCCUCCGCUUCAAUUGAGUUCAGACGCAUUAAAUUAGGGUUUCGAUUAUGUCUUCUUCUGCUUGUCCAGAGGAGUCCCGAAAAUCGGGCCCGCAGUAAACCCUAAUUCCCAUAAGUACCACACAUUUCGAUCGUUUUUCUUAUUGAAUCUCUGUCAUUUCUGUAUCUUACAAUGGCCCCCACUUCCAAAGACGACGGCUUGAAGAAGCUCGAAUACUUCUCGCUCGUCUCCAAGGUCUGCUCGGAACUUGAAACGCAUCUAGGGUUCGGGGACAAAGUUCUCGCCGAAUUCAUUACGGAAUUGGGCCGCAACUGUGAGACCGUCGAUGAAUUCGAUGCGAAACUAAAGGAAAACGGCGCCGAGAUGCCCGACUACUUUGUCCGUACGCUUCUGACGAUAAUACACGCAAUUCUUCCUCCGAAGCAGAAUUCCGACAAGGAGUCGAAGAAUGAGAGCGCUUCGGAUGGUAAGAAGCCCAAGUAUUCGGCGCUGGCGAUUGCGGAUGAUAGAAAGAGAGCUAAGGAGAUCGAGAGAGAAAUCGAAUUGGAGGCACGGGAACGACUUAGAGACGGGGAAGAACGCGAAGAAGAAAAUAGACAUCGAAGGAGAGAUAGGGACAGAGACAGGGACAGAGGCAGAGACAGAGAUGGAGACCGGGACCGAGACAGAGACAGAAGAGAUAGGCGCAGGGAUAGACAUGAUAGAGAUGAGAGGCAUAGAGACAGAGAUAUUGAUGGUGAUGAUGAUGGUAGAAGGGAUUACAGGAGUAGGGAAAGGCACAGGGAUCGACACGAGAAGAAUGGGAGAAAUGAUGAGGAUUUGGUUAAUAGAGAUAAUGGUGAAAAUGAAGAUUAUGCGGGAGGAGGUAAAGAUCGUUCAAAUGGGCGGUAUAAAUCCGAUGAGCCCGAAUUGUAUAAGGUUUACAGGGGUAGGGUCUCAAGGGUGAUGGACUCGGGCUGCUUCGUGCAAUUGACUGAUUUGAAGGGGAAGGAGGGUUUGGUUCAUGUUUCACAGAUUGCAACUCGGCGGAUUGCUAAUGCCAAGGAUGUGGUGAAACGGGAUCAGGAAGUUUAUGUGAAGCUGAUUUCGGUGUCAGGUCAGAAACUGAGUCUUUCGAUGAGGGAUGUCGAUCAGAAUACUGGCAAGGAUUUGCUUCCGUUGAAGAAGAGCUCAAUGGACGAUACGCAUAGGAGGAAUCCAUCUAGCGGGUCGAAGGAGGGGCCAGCAACUAGGACGGGUCUUUCAGGGAUUAGGAUUUUUGAGGAGGAAGAUGCAGUCCCAUCACGUAGACCAUUAAAGAGGAUGAGUUCACCGGAAAUAUGGGAAGCAAAGCAAUUGAUUGCUUCUGGUGUUUUGAGUGUUACCGAUUAUCCCACAUAUGAUGAGGAAGGAGAUGGAGUGCUAUAUCAAGAAGAGGGUGCUGAGGAGGAGCUUGAGAUUGAACUGAACGAGGAUGAGCCCGCAUUCUUGCACGGGCAGAGCCGGUAUUCAAUGGAUAUGUCACCUGUUAAGAUUUUCAAGAACCCAGAAGGGUCUUUGGGUCGUGCAGCUGCACUUCAGUCUGCGCUGAUAAAGGAGCGGAGAGAAGUAAGAGAACAGCAACAGCGAACUAUGCUCGAUUCUAUUCCAAAGGAUCUCAAUCGUCCAUGGGAAGAUCCAAUGCCAGAUAUGGGUGAGAGGCAUCUAGCACAGGAGCUCAGGGGUGUUGGUUUAUCGGCAUAUGACAUGCCUGAAUGGAAGAAGGAUGCUUAUGGAAAAUCCAUCAGUUUUGGGCAGAGGUCAAAGCUCUCCAUUCAGGAACAAAGGCAGAGCUUGCCAAUCUACAAAUUAAAGAAGGAACUCAUUCAGGCUGUGCAUGACAACCAGGUCUUAGUUGUUAUUGGUGAGACUGGUUCGGGUAAGACAACUCAGGUAACUCAAUAUCUUGCAGAAGCUGGAUAUACCACUAGGGGAAAAAUUGGUUGUACUCAGCCCCGUAGGGUUGCUGCCAUGUCUGUGGCAAAGAGGGUUGCUGAAGAGUUUGGUUGUCGGUUGGGGGAGGAAGUUGGGUAUGCUAUUCGAUUCGAGGAUUGUACCAGUCCAGAUACCGUCAUCAAGUAUAUGACGGACGGCAUGCUUCUGAGGGAAAUUCUGAUUGAUGAGAACCUUUCUCAGUACUCUGUUAUUAUGCUUGAUGAAGCUCAUGAGAGAACAAUACACACUGAUGUUCUUUUUGGAUUACUAAAGCAACUAGUAAAAAGGAGACCUGACCUUCGCUUGAUUGUCACUUCUGCCACACUGGAUGCGGAGAAGUUUUCAGGGUAUUUCUUCAACUGUAAUAUAUUUACAAUUCCUGGUAGAACUUUUCCUGUGGAGAUACUCUACACCAAACAGCCAGAAAGUGAUUAUCUAGAUGCAGCUCUAAUUACCGUGCUACAAAUCCACUUGAUGGAACCUGAAGGAGACAUCCUUCUCUUCUUGACUGGUCAGGAGGAGAUUGAUUUUGCCUGCCAAUCUCUUUAUGAGAGGAUGAAAGGUCUAGGUGAAAAUGUUCCAGAAUUGAUUAUUCUACCGGUAUAUAGUGCACUUCCAAGUGAAAUGCAGUCGAGGAUAUUUGAACCUGCCCCUCCAGGUAAGAGAAAAGUGGUUGUGGCUACCAAUAUUGCCGAGGCAUCUUUGACUAUAGAUGGGAUUUUUUACGUAAUCGAUCCUGGGUUUGCGAAGCAAAAUGUGUAUAAUCCUAAACAAGGGCUUGAUUCACUGGUCAUAACUCCUAUAUCACAAGCAUCAGCAAAGCAACGAGCUGGGCGUGCCGGGCGUACAGGACCUGGGAAAUGUUAUCGCCUCUACACUGAGAGUGCCUACCGCAAUGAGAUGUCCCCAACCUCAAUUCCUGAAAUCCAGAGGAUAAAUCUUGGGUUUACUACGCUUAAUAUGAAAGCUAUGGGGAUAAAUGAUCUUCUUUCUUUUGAUUUCAUGGAUCCGCCUUCACCCCAGGCGCUCAUUUCUGCUAUGGAACAGCUGUACAGUCUAGGAGCUCUUGAUGAGGAGGGUCUUCUGACCAAAUUGGGGCGGAAAAUGGCAGAGUUUCCACUUGAACCGCCAUUAUCUAAGAUGCUACUGGCCAGUGUGGACCUUGGAUGCAGUGAUGAGAUUUUGACAAUCAUUGCAAUGAUUCAAACUGGCAAUAUCUUCUACAGGCCUAGGGAGAAACAAGCCCAAGCAGACCAGAAGAGGGCCAAGUUUUUCCAGCCAGAGGGAGACCAUCUGACGUUACUUACGGUUUACGAUGCUUGGAAAAAUAAUAACUUUUCUGGGCCAUGGUGUUUUGAGAACUUUGUGCAGUCUAGAUCAUUGAGGAGGGCACAGGAUGUAAGGAAACAGCUGCUCACCAUCAUGGACAAAUAUAAAUUGGACGUCAUGAGUGCAGGAAGGAAUUUUACAAAGAUCAGGAAGGCAAUUACUGCUGGAUUCUUUUUCCAUGCUGCUAGAAAAGACCCACAGGAGGGCUAUAGGACCUUAGUUGAGAACCAGCCAGUUUAUAUCCAUCCUAGCAGUGCUCUUUUCCAGAGACAACCUGACUGGGUCAUCUACAAUGAGCUCGUGAUGACUACAAAAGAGUACAUGCGAGAGGUCACAGUUAUAGAUCCUAAAUGGCUCGUGGAACUGGCACCAAGAUUCUUCAAAGUGGUAGAUCCUACAAAGAUGAGCAAGCGCAAACGACAAGAAAGAAUCGAACCGCUUUAUGACAGAUAUCAUGAGCCUAAUUCUUGGCGACUGAGUAAACGCCGUGCUUGACAUGUGUUUCAGGUUUUUUUUUUAAUCCCAUUUUGAUUAUCAUUCAUCUUGUUGUAUAUGCUAAUAUGGUCCUUGUUUAGUUUAAGUUUUUGAGGCUAUUUCGACUCACAGUGACCUUGAACCUAAAAUGAACAGUAGCAAUGGAAGGUUAAUUUGCCGAGUUUUGUAUGAUGAGCAGUUUAGCUUUUUACUAA